AUUGCGCAUGCGUAGCUAGCAGGCGAUACCAUGCAUGCCAGCUGCACAGCUGCAGCUCAUUAUGGCAGGGUUGGAGGAACUGAAACAGAAAUUGCAGCGAGAUGUCAACUCUUUGCUCGAUGAGAACCGCCAUACUAGGCGACGAGCACUAGAAAGACUCUGGAAAGAAGCAGUACAAAAUGAUGCUCUAGCGAACGACGAGAUAGAAGGUCUCUUCGACUUUCUCUUGAAACCUCUCCUCAGAGCCUUCUCGGAUCCCGUGGAAAAGUGCCGAGAACUGGCCAUUGAGAUCAUCACCAAGUGA